AUGACCGACGCAGAGCUCGACCGCGACUGGCAGCCCAAUGGCCGCCGGCCCCAGUCCACCAUUGCCCGCUCCUUUUCCCAGGAGCUGAUGGACAUCUUUCGCAUUGAGAACUCUCUGACGGAUCUGGAUCAGCAAGUCGAUGCGAGGAGGCAAAAUGUCGGCAAGAACACCCAGGAGCUCGCCGAUCUCGAAGCUCGCAUUCGCGAAAUGGAGGACCGUCUCCGCCGAAACCAGCCCGGCCGCACUGGCAUCCAGGUCAACACCAACCAAACCUCUACCCAGCAGAGGACGGAGACGAUCAACAAGGACGACAGCAAGCCGCGGUCCCGUCCCGGCACGGCCCGCGCCACCCAGCAAGCUCCAAGCUCAGGCAAUAUGCCUCCAACACCAGGGGCUAGCGAAGACGGCAAUGUCGAGUACUGA